AUGGACAAGCUUCCCAGCGCCGAAGAGAUGCGAGAGACGCUCUCGCAACGAGAGGAGAAGAUCCGCGAAUCGUGGGUUCGCACGAUGGAGGCGAGGAUCGUGCGCGAGGAACUGCAGAAGUGCCACAAGGCCGAGGGCGUCAACCACUACCAGGCGUGCAGCGACCUUGCCAAGAAGUACCACUCGUUGCUGGCCGAUGCCAAGGUCAAGGGCUUCAGGGUCAUCGACACUGCGUAG